UCCCCUUUGAAGCAGACAGAUCUUCUUCACUUGGCUUUCUUAUGUUGGCAUCUAAAGCUGAGCUUGUGGGGAAACACUAAAACCUAAGAAGGAAAGUGAAAUUCUACAGUUUGUGAAACCUGAAUAGAAAAACAACGGGGAAGAUCAGCAAGGGUCACCUUGGAAGGGCUUUUUGGGCAGCGUCAGAAGAAGGUGCAAUAUGAGUUUGGCCAAUUUUUCCAGUAUGGAAGAAAUCUCUUUGGAGGAUGUGGACAGAACCAGCAUAGAAUACAGGGUGCUGAUGGCCUACACCCAGCGGCGGCUAUCUGCUAGCAAAUAUGGCCACCUUCUAGAAAGAGAAGCGAAGGGCCAGGAGGGAUCAUCCCUGAGCAGAGAGGAGGCACGAGGGGUCACCCCAGCGGAGCAGGGAAAGGCACCCCAAGAGUUGCCUCCAGGUGAUUCCAAACACUCUGCUAGAAGGAAGAGCCAAAAGAAGAAAAGAUCCAACUGGAAGCGUCUUUUGUUGCCUUCUUGUCUACGGGGGGAGCCUCAACGUAGCCCCAGGAAGAGUGAAGUGAAUGGGCAGACAAGCUUUAGAAGAGAAUCUACCUCUUUUCCAUCAGAAACUCAUGAGGAUUCCAACAUCACUCGUGUGGCAGACCGGCUUGCUGAACUAGUUGAUAAUUCCAGGUCCCGCUCUAAAAGGACGCAAGCUAAAGGAUUAGUCCGCACGGUGAGCCUCGAGGAAGAUGGUGGAGGGACCUCCAAAAUUGUGCCUGAACCUCGUUAUAAGGCCGAUGGAAAAGAUGAGAAAGAAAAAGUAAUUGACACAAUAGUUGCCUUGUUACGAAAAUCGGGAGAUGAACUGGAGGAAAAGAUACAAAAGGAUAAAACCUUCCGGUCGAGCUUCUGGGAUAUGAUGUCCUACUCAUUCUUCCGGAGAAUUGUAAACCAGUUCUUAGAGGAGGUGCCUGUAGACCCGGCAAGAGAUGCGGAGGACCACGUGCAGAGCAUGAAAGCGGCGUAUGUGAUGGAAGUCACAACCAGACUCACUGCUGUAGACAACCAUCCCAUGAAUCUUGUGCUGGGCUUUGGAUCGAAAUACCUCAAAGAAAACUUCAGACCUUGGGUCUGCAGCCAAGGGGGAUGGGAAAAAGCUUUGGGAUUACUGGACGAGGACGAAGUGGAAUAAUGGAAGACUAUGCAUUCCAGGAUAUGGAUCUUAAGUUGGAACAGCCCAUUUGUGGAAGGAGAGAGAGGAAAAUACAACUUUGGGAGUGGAUCCCCUCAAAGCGUUACAAGAUUUGCAGCGCCCUCCUAAGCAGACUUACACCCUUCUAAGCCCCCUGACUUCAGUCCACUUAGGAGGGUGUAACUCUGUUUAGGAUGGCACAUUUGGUCCCUUUCAGACAGCUCCUUGACACUGAUAGGUUGCUCGGUGCGUGUCUGAUGCUGCUGUGUACAUGGCUCUUCAGAAGAGGGAGUGUAUUUUGAUGUGACAUUCCAGCUUUUGACUUAGCACUCUUCAGGAUGCCCUCUUUGGGAAGAGAAGCACUCCACUACUUUUCUCAAUAUGCAUUUAUAAAGAAAAUAGCCAUUAAAAGGGGGCUAUGGAUUGGAGGGUGAGGAAUAAGACUGCUGGGCUCAGCAAGGGCCUGGCAUUUCAGCAGCUGUGGCCUGUCCUGGUAGUCGUAGAGAGCUGAGACUGAGAAUGGGCAGAAUCAUACAGUGUAGUUCUUGCGGAGUUCUUGCAGGCGAACAGGAUGUUGGAAUGUUCUCUUGUAAAAACUCAAGUGCCAUGGAGGAUGUUCUAGAGUAACCUUUCCCUGCUUAUUCUUGCCUCCAGAUGAUUUUCUACAUGCAGGGAGAUAUUUACAGGGAGGAGUAUUUGCAUAUGCAAAUAUCCUACCUGCAGCCUGGUGGCACAAUCCAGCAACAAUCCAGCAACAACUGGAUGUUUUUGCAGCUCCCAUGAUCCACUUCUGGGCAGUGUAACGGAAAUGGCUGAAAUUCAGCUAUGGGAAAGUAUAAGACCAUUAAAUAUAAGCCAGGAGUGGGGAAGUGAUGAGGGCCAGAAGGGAGCCCCUUUUGAAUGUUUGUUGAAGUGCCCUUAUCAUCUGAGCCUCUUGUUGCUCAUAUCAUACUUGAAAUGUUUCUAAGUGCUUCAAAGACUUGAAAUGCCCAUCAUAGACACUCAUCCCCUUCUGUGCUGAAAGGGCACGGAUCCUUGCUUUCUGGGUUAGAAAGAGGAGGCCUCAGGUCAAAGCCAGUCCCCUCACCAAUAGGGCCUGGCACAUGAGUUUCCAACCCUGGGGCGAAAGAGGGGUAUGGAAGUUCUCGUGUCCACGGUACUACAAGGGCUUGCUAGCAGACCUCUUAGGACGAGGUGAAUAUGGGCUCGGGCUCUUCAACUCUGCUUCUGUUCUCUGUGUGCUCUUCCAGGCAUUCCAGUUGUUCCCAGGGUUUAUUAAGAUUGUCCUGGACGACAACAGGGUAAAGGUGUAAAGGCUUCAAAACUGAGAAAUGCUGAAUACAUUUCAGGAUCAGAUCCAUAUUUACUGUGAAAGAGACUACCCUCUCUUCAUUUCCAAUCUACCUGAUUCACCGGGCAAAUGCAAUAUUGCUGAGGGUUUUUUUUAAUGGAGUUGUGCCAGCCGAGUGUAACUGAUCACACGAACCUUGGUCAAUAACCUCCAUUCUGAGCAGGGAAAGGCAUAACAUAGCUUGACUUUGGUUGGAAGCUGGCUAGCAUGAAUCCCUUCACUCUGGCUUUUGUUCUGCCCCUUCAUGCAACGAGGCAGGAUGUGAGACGGAAGUGCCAGAUGAACACUGGCUCGAAGGAGGUGGUACGCUGCAACCAUUCCCCAAAGACACAGCUGUUUCUCAUUUUCCCCCCCUCUGUGCCGUGAAAGGGAUUUUCUUCAUCAGGAGCCAGUACAGAAAACCACUAGCCAAGAAAGCUGGCUUCAAUUGAAGGCCUGCUUUUAAUUUGAUUUGGACAUGCAUCAUGGCUGAGUUAAAUACUGCAAGGUCUUGCUUCUCAGUGAGAAAGUAGCUUUGGUUAAUGGUAGACAAGACAUGUUGAUUUGGAAUCCAUUAAUCCUAAUGGACAAACCCAUUUUAUUAGCUUUGUGGGUGCCAAUGAGAAUGACUAACAAAACCAUUUCGGAAGGAGUCAUCGGCUUGUUGGGUGAAAUCUGAUUAAUUCUGUCCCAUUCUGGGUUUUCUUUUAUUUACUCCUGCCAAAUUAGUCCAAAAUCUGAUUCAGGGAUGAGCUUCCUGCAAUUCUGUCCAAGAGAUUUAAUUUGUUAUAUUAAAAAAUAAUAAUAAUAAUCUUUUUUUAUUUGUAACAGUUCAAGAUUUUCAGACCUUACAGCUCAGUGCUAAUGUAAAUAAUACCUCAAUUUAUAAAUAUCCCAGAUGAAAUGGGAGGCCAGAAUUUCUUUUAUGGAAGAAUAGAUUGAAAAAUAGUGUGUGUGUGUAAGGGAGGGUGUGAGCUAUGGUGUCAGAGCAACCAAGUUGAACAAAGUUGUAACCGUUUUCAUCAAACUGAUUGUACAGUUUUACCAUCCUUCCCUUUGGCAAAUGUAAUGAGAAAAAAAAAAUGAAGUGACUAAGAACUCAUUUAAUGCAAUAAAGAACCAGAAAAUGCAUUUGAAACAAACACAUUUAACAGGGAUUUGGCAACUUUAAAAACAGCAGCCAGGAAAUUCAGCAGCAGAGAUCUCACAUCCAUUUCUCUACCCAAGCGCAGAUUCUAUCAGUUGCUCUUGGAACGCUUAAAAUUCACCCACAUAUUUCCUACACAGCAAGUGGCCUCUAGUCAGAGGAGAAUCCCUGUGGUUAGGAAGCCAUGGGAGAGAUCUGCCCACGAUGUCGCAGUAUAUGGCAGCUGUGGACAACAGCA